GUUAGUUUUCGUGCAUAGCACUUGAGUCCUCCCUCAGUCAAGUAAUCUGAAAGAAUGAUCUGUGAACAGUGUGAUAGAGAAUUCACACGGAAAAGUCAUCUUAAAGAACACAUUCGAGUUAAACACGAAGGCAAACUUUACGAGUGUGUAACGUGUCACAAACAACUGAAAACAUACAAAGGACUACAGAUACACCGAAAACUUCAUGAAGGU